AUGCCCUUCCAAAUCCAACCCUGUUCCCCACUCGAUGCCCCAGGCCUGGCAAGAACAAUGAUAAGCGCCCGCCUAACAGACCCUCACUGGGCAAAGCUAUGGGAAGACCCAAGCCCCGAGCCCAUAAUAUCCCGAACAGCUAAAAGAAUCCCCUGGACGCUAGUCCAAAGCGGAGAAUCCAAGCGCCUCGAAAAAGUCAUCGACGAAACAGGCCAGAUAGUCGGCUACGCGCGGUGGAUAUUGCCGACCCAUUUGGCGAAAAGCGAUAUCUGGCCACACGCCCAGGUCGUCGAUGUUUUGCCCGACAAGCACGCUGAGUAUGAGGCCAUGUAUAAAGAAAACAGCCUGGGCGCUCAGCCUAUUGGGCUGAGGACUGAUGGGAUCAUGGCGUUUCGGGGCGCAGCGCUGGAUAAGGUUGAUGCGCGAAUUAUGAAAGACGGGCCUUUUUUGGUUUUGGAUUAUCUGGUCACAGAUCCCGGCUUUUGGCGACGGGGGGUUGGUGGUAUGCUGGUGCGCAGUGGGCUUGAGAUUGCUGAUCGGCAUCAGGUCAAGACUUAUGUUAUGUCUUCGUCGGCGGGGUUGAAGGUCUAUCUUAAUUCUGGGUUUGAAUUGGUUGAGAGUGUUACGACUGAUUAUUCACAGUAUGGAGGUACCGAGCCUGUGGAGGACUACUUCUUGGUUCGGAAGCCCACCCCGGUUUGA